GCAUAUAAAAAUUAAAGGAAGUUUACAAAAGUGAAAAAACUUGAAGGAAAUUUCCUUUUAUUUGCUUCGCGGACAAGCUAGCUAAAACAGUAAUCUUUCUCUUUGUUAUCAUUUUGUUUUUCUUCACCUCUUCUCGAAAUAGAAAUAAAGGGCGAAAAUCUUUACUUCUUCUUUCUGUCUUGAGAAAACUAAUUUUACUGUUUCGAUCUGUGAUAAGUCUGUUUUGGGGAAAAUGGCUUCUGGAUCAUCGGGUCGGGCCAACUUGGGUGGUUCCAAAGGGUUCGAUUUCGGGUCCGAUGAUAUUCUUUGCUCGUAUGAGGACUAUGGGAUCCAGGAAUCGUCUAAUGGUAGCCACGCCGAAUCCGUAAUCGGUACCAACAGCUCCACCAAGGAUUUUCACAAAGGCAGAGGGGCACGAUCGAUAUUUCCACCUAAUGCAUACAGCCAGCCAGAAGAUUCUUUGGCUGAUGUGACUGCUACUGUUGAAAAAACCAUGAAAAAAUAUGCAGACAACCUCAUGCGCUUUCUUGAGGGAAUAAGUUCAAGAUUGUCACAGUUGGAGUUAUAUUGCUACAAUCUCGAUAAAUCGAUCGGAGAAAUGCGAUCUGAUUUAGUUCGUGAUCAUGGAGAUGCAGAUUCAAAGCUUAAAUCUAUUGAGAAACAUCUCCAAGAGGUCCACAGGUCUGUGCAGAUCCUCAGAGAUAAGCAGGAGUUAGCUGAUACUCAGAAGCAGUUGGCUAAAUUACAACUUGUGCAGAAGGAGUCUUCUUCCAGUCAUUCACAAUCCACUGAGGAGAGGGCAUCACCACCUGCCUCUGAUUCUAAAAGGACUGAUCACAUAUCUGAGAUGCGAAACCAGCAAUUAGCUCUGGCUCUGCCUCAUCAAGUAGCACCACCACAAAACCCGGUGGUGCCACACUCUCAAGCCCCACCUCAGAAUUUGACCCAACAAACCUACUACAUACCUUCAAACCAAUUAUCCAACGCCCAAGCUGCAGCCCCUAACCAACCUCCACUUCCAGCACAAGCCCCAGCACCAGCACCAACCCAACACCCUCAGAGUCAAUAUAUACCUUCUGAUCCUCAAUACCGAACUCCUCAGAUACAAGACAUCUCUAGGAUGUUACCACAGCCUACACAGUCCCAAGUAAAUCAGGUACCACCUGUCCAAUCAUUCCCUCAGUAUCAACAGCAAUGGUCACAACAAUUGCCACAGCAAGUAUUGCCGCAGCAGCAGUCCUCCAUGCAACCACAGAUGAGGCCCCCAUCAACACCAGCUUACCCACCUUACCCUCCUUCUCAAUCAACAAACCCAUCUCCGCCAGAGGCAUUACCAAACAGCAUGCCUAUGCAAGUUCCAUAUUCUUCUGGAGUUCCUCAACCUGUGUCUAGCCGUGCUGAUACCAUUCCUUAUGGAUAUGGAGUGCCUGGCAGAAAGGGCACUUUUGGUGCACAACCAGCUGAUGUGUACAUGUCUACUGGCUCCCACCCUCCCCUUCCUCCAGGAAGUGCAUAUAUGAUGUAUGGUAGUGAAGGUGGUAGAACGCAUCACCCACCCCAACAGCCUCACUUCUCACAGGGUGGGUAUCCCCAAGCAAAUGUCUCUAUUCAGACGCAACCUGGCACUGGCCCCAAUGUUAUGAUUAGGAACACCAGCCAUUCACAGUUAAUUCGCAACCCUCCCUACAAUGAUUUGAUUGAAAAUUUGGUGAGCAUGGGUUUCAGGAGUGAUCAUGUUGCCAGUGUGAUUCAGAGGAUGGAGGAGAGUGGCCUGCCGGUGGAUCAUAAUGCUGUGCUUGAUAGGUUGAAUGUGCAUUCCUCUGGAGGUUCUCAAAGAGGAGGAUGGUAAAGGCCAUUGCAUACCUGAAUCGACCUUGAAUAUUGUUUGAAUAAAGGGUCGUUUUUCUCCUUGUAUAUCCUGGGAGGAAUAUGAGUAUUUGUAUGUUACCUCCUAAUGCAACUUCUGGUGGAAAGUGUUACGUUGUUUGGGUUAAUUGCAGUAUAUUACUCUGCCCUUUUA